AUGGCUUUCUACUAUAUCAUAGGUGCAGUAGUUAUCAUCUUCUUUUUGAAGCUUUUUGUUCUUAAACAACAAAGAAAUAACCAGCCUCCAAGCCCACCUUCACUUACUCUGAUAGGCCACCUUCAUUUGGUAAAAGAACCAAUGAAUAAAACCCUACGAGCUCUCUCUGCCAAGUAUGGUGAUGUAUUGCUUCUUAAACUUGGAGUUCGUAAAAUUCUCCUCAUAACUUCACCUUCAGCUGUCGAUGAAUGCUUCACGAAAAACGACAUCAUUUUCGCGAACCGCCCAUCCACGCUCUCUACAAAACAUUUCAGUUACAACAAUACAACAAUCAGCAUAGCCCCCUAUGGAGACCAUUGGUGCAACCUACGUCGCCUGGCGGCCUUAGAAAUCUUUUCCUCCACGCGUAUUGCCAUGUAUACCGGCACGCGCAGAAGGGAACUUAUGCUGAUUUUGAAGGAACUCUUGCGCAGUUGUAAGCAUGACGGAGGAUCAACAAAAGUGGAUUUGAAGUCAAAGUUCAUUGAGCUUGCUUUCAAUGUGCUUUCAAUGACUAUAGCUGGGAAAAGAUACUAUGGAGAAAAUGUAGUCGAUUCUGAGGAGGCGAGGAGGGUUAGAUUUGUAAUGAGGGAAAUGCUGGAAUACAGUGGGAAUACAAAUUUGGGUGACUUUUUGCCAUUUUUACAGUGGGUGGAUUUCCGCGGAUUGGAAAAAAGGUUUGCAAAUUUGAUGAAAAAGCUUGAUAAAUUCGUGCAGGAUUUGGUAAAUGAACGACGCGGAUUACUAAGUGAGAAAUUAUGUGAAAGCCAUGGCCAGUCUGAGAAGACAAUGAUAAAUCACUUGUUAUCACUGCAACAGAAGGAACCAGAUUAUUACACAGAUGAACUCAUCAAAGGAAUUAUUCUGGUGCUAUUGGUAGCAGGGACAGACACAAUGUCAAUAAGCAUGGAAUGGGCAAUGUCACUACUCCUAAAUCAUCCUGAAUCCAUCAACAAAAUCAAAGCUGAAAUAGAUGCUAACGUACCAGAGGAUCGUUUACUCGAUGAACAGGACCUGCCAAAAAUGAAAUACCUACCAAAUGUCAUCACUGAAACUCUACGUUUAUAUCCACCAGUUCCAUUUCUGAUCCCUCAUCAAGCUUCUGAAAACUGUACUGUUGGUGGUUAUGACAUAUCAAAGGGCACAAUGCUGCUAGUCAAUUUAUGGGCCAUUCACAGGGAUCCAAGAUUGUGGGAGAAGCCGACUGAGUUUAUCCCGGAGAGGCACGAAUUUAAGAAAGAAGAAGGGUAUAUGCUUCCGUUUGGAGCAGGAAGGCGUAAAUGCCCUGGCGGAGGUAUUACAAAUCGGGUGCUUGAAUUGACACUGGGGAUACUGAUUCAGGCGUUUGAAUGGGAGAGAGUGAGUGUAGAAAUGGUGGACAUGACUGAAGGCACUGGUUUCAGUAUAUCUAAAGUUAAGGCCUUGGAGGCUAUAUGCAAACCAAGGGAUGCCACUAUCAAGCAUUCUUUAGUUAUUUCUUGA